AUGGCAAUGAUUGAAGACAUGAGCUUGAGUUUAGACAAUGACAGUUCUCAGUCAGGCUUUGGACAAGCUGUCGUGAGCAAAGACGAGACUAAUGCAUCAAACAAUUCAUCAGCACAGAAAAAAGGGGACAAAUCUGCAUCCAAGUCAGGAAAAUCCAACAAAAAGUCCCCAAGUCAGGGAUCCUCUCAGAGCCAGAGUUCUAGAAGAAAUGGCUUGCUGGAUAAGUUGCAUAGGGACGGUUAUGUCUAUGAAGGCCACACUCAGGCUUUCUUGAACUUUCUGAGCAGGACAAAUCCAGAGACAAGAAAUGUCAAAUCAAAGGUGUUCAAAAACCAGUUGAUGAUGGCAGAGAACAUGGAUGAGAUUCCGACAAGCUUUGCCAAGAACUGGCUGAUGGUUGUGACUCCCGUUGGAUCAAGGUGCUUGGUUGUUGCCAGCAUGGGCCACACUGGAGCCUACUCUAAAACUGGCUAUCACAUUAUCAGUCACCCUUCCAACCUUCCAAUGGGCAACAAGGCAAUGCAAGGCUAUGGUGCAUGUGUGCUGGACUGCAUUUACUGCAAUGAGACAGAGACCUAUUUUGUACUGGAUAUAAUGUUUUGGGAUGGACAGCCGCUGUAUGAUUGUGAAACACAUGUACGCUUUAGACAGUUACAGGAGAGAGUUAGAGAGUAUGAUCUUGGAAGGCCAUCACGCCAAAACCCGUAUCCGUUUGUUCCAUUAAAAACAUUCACACCAACUAAAAGCAACAUUUGUAGUGCAGUCAAGUUGGCUCCUUACAUGAUAGAUGGACUAUUGUUCUACCACAAGGAAGCAACCUACACUCCUGGCACCACACCGCUGGUCUUGUGGCUGACCCUGGAUCGCCUGCCUACCAAAAUGAAAAUUGAAAUCCCAGAGAUGGGCAUUGUUACUGCCGUUAGUUACAAGGACCCCGUGGCUUUGGCUUUAGCCCAUGGUGUUAGUCCAGCAAUAAUCUCCCAGGUGUACCCGACUGGUGCUGGCAUGCGAGGCCGCACUACCAGAAAUGGGAGAGGUCAAGGACGAGAGGCACAGGUGCCAGGUAGAGGCUACCAGGAGCCAUCGGUGAUUCCUGGCUCCCAGAGAUUUUACAGUGGACAGCAGCCAAGAAGAGGUCAGGGGCUACGGUAUCAGAAUGAGGAUUAUGGGUACCUGACAGACAUGAUGAUGAACCUGAACGUUAGCUGUCAGGGUCCCUACGGGCAGAUCUUGAAUGCGGGCGGCCCAUUCUAUGGCAACUAUAACAUGAAUAACAGCGCUUCUAGCUUUUAUGGCAGGCGUGAUGUGGGUCAAAGAAAAUUUCAACAGUUACCUCAGACUAAAUCCAAAGGGGAGAAGAAAAAGAAAAAAGGACAGUCACCAAGAAGUGAUGAACAGAAGCAGGCCAACUGGGAUGAACCUCAUAGU